AUGCACUUACUUGUGUAUGUGGAUGACAUCAUUCUGCUGAGUUCUUCCUCGACUGCGGUUGACCCUUUUGUUGCUACUCUUGGUCGAGACUUUGCUGUCAAGGAUUUGGGCCAACUUCAUUUCUUCCUUGGUAUUGAGGUGGCUCAUUAUGCACAUGGUUUGGCUCUCACGCAGAAGAAAUACUCUCUGGAUCUUCUUCACCGUGCGGGUAUGCUUAACUGCAAAACCUCGCCCACGCCCAUGUCUUCCACUGAUAGACUCUCUGCUACUGUUGGCACUCCUUUAUCUUCGGAGGAGGCGACAGAGUAUCGCAGUAUUGUUGGAGGACUGCAAUACCUUACCAUUACACGACCAGAUCUUUCUUUUGCCGUCAAUCGUGUGUGCCAGUACCUUCAUGCUCCCACUGAUGUUCACUGGUCUGCAGUUAAGCGCAUUCUGCGUUAUGUUCAGCUUACUGUCUCCUUUGGUCUUCAUCUUCGCUCCAGUUCGUCUGGCGUUCUUUCUGCUUAUUCUGACGCGGACUGGGCAGGUUGUCCUGAUGAUAGGCGCUCUACGGGGGAUAUGCUGUGUAUUUGGGUCCAAACUUGA